AUGGAACCAUGGUAUAGCGGAGCAACGGGAACACGUCAAGCACUCCUCACCGCCAUCCUAGAGCUGGGAGCCUGGAUAGGCGCCCUUAUAAACGGAUACCUCGCCGACGCCGCCGGGCGCCGCAUCACCGUCGUCAUUGCGUGCGCCAUCUUCACCAUCGGCGUCAUCGUCCAGGCCUGCACUACCAAUAAGGAUUACGUCCUGGGUGGACGGUUCGUCACCGGUAUCGGCGUCGGCUCUUUCAGCAUGCUUGUUCCUUUGUACAAUGCCGAGCUGGCUCCUCCCGAGGUACGCGGCGCUCUCGUCGCUCUGCAGCAGCUUGCUAUCACUUUCGGGAUCGGAUAUGGGACAAACUUCAUCGGAGGAACAGGUUCCUCCCAGUCCGACGCAGCCUGGAUCGUCCCCGUGUGCAUCCAGCUGCUACCGUCGACCAUCCUAGCGGUCGGCAUGGUGGCCUUCAUGCCCCAGAGCCCGCGGCACCUGAUGAACCGCGACCGCGAGGCCGAGUGCCUGAGCACGCUGGCCCGUCUGCGCGGCGCUCCCGAGACGGACAUGCGCGUCCGCAUCGAGUUUCUCGAGAUCAAGGCCCUCCGAGACUUUGAGCGGGCCCGUCUGGCCGCCAAGUUCCCCCAGUACCACCAAGGCCACGACGGCAACGGCGACAGCGACGGAAGCAGGAGCACGGACUUCCGCGCCAACUUCAUGAUCGGUCUGCACGACUACCUCUCCCUCGUCACGGACCCGUCCCUGCGCAGGCGCACGAUCGUGGCCGUCGUCACCAUGGUGUUCCAGCAGUGGAACGGGGUCAACGCGAUCCUGUACUACGCGCCCUUCAUCUUCCAGGGCCUGGGCCUGGGCGGGUCGACGACGUCGCUGCUGGCCACGGGCGUGGUCGGCAUCGUCAUGUUCCUGGCCACGGUGCCGGCCGUCCUGUUCGUCGACCGCUUCGGCCGCAAGACCAUCCUCAUCGCCGGCGGGGUUGGCAUGGCGGCCUCGCACUUCAUCGUCGCCGGCAUCACCGGAUCCUUCAGCGGCGACUGGGAGGACCACCGCGGCGCCGGGUGGGCCGCCGUCGUCUUCGUCUGGAUCUACGCCGCCUGCUUCGGCUUCUCGUGGGGCCCCGUCUCGUGGAUCAUCAUCAGCGAGGUGUUUCCCCUGGGAAUGAGGGCCAAGGGCGUCAGUCUGGGCGGUCAGUCAAACUGGCUUAACAAUUUUGCCGUCGCCAUGUCGACUUCGCCAUUCAUUGCAGCUAGCCAAUUCGGAGCCUUUAUCUUCUUUGGUGCCAUCACAACCGUAGGCGCCGUGUGGGUCUACUUCUUCGUCCCGGAGACGAAGGGGAGGAGCCUCGAAGAGAUGGACGAGCUGUUCGGUGAGGCCGGCCACGCACAGGCCGAUGCUGACCUCAAGGAGAGGAUCGAGAGGGACAUUGGCCUGACGGCCCUGCUGGACGCCGGUCAGGAGGCUUCCUCCGAAAAGGUCGGGGAACCCAAGGCUGGUGAUGCUGCCAGCGAGGCGAAGCAGGUCGAGAAGACGAGUGGCUGA